AUGCAGAAAUUUACGAUCUUAAUCUUCUUUGCUACCGUAGGCUUCUGUGCUGCUGCGUAUUCGCAUAAAUACUCCUACAUCAAUCUACACGAUGUUCUACAUAAUACAAGAUUGUUGAAAAGAUACAUAGAUUGUUUACUAGAUGUACCCCAGACAUGCACCAAAGAUGGAGAUUACUUAAGAGAAAUUCUUCCUGAAGCAAUUGAUGAAAACUGCGCUAAAUGUGAUGCAAAUCAAAAGGAAAAUGCCCUUAAAGUUAUAGCUUACCUUAUGAAACAUCAUGAUGAUUGGUGGAGUUUAAUCGACAGGAAGUAUAACGCAAACAGAAGUCUAUUUAGUACUGAAUACAAUUUUUUGUUUUUUACUAUCCCAAAAAACCUAACCCGACCUAAAAGAUAUAUUAAAUUGUUGGAAUACUUUAAUCAGGUACUUAAUAUAGAGGAAGAUGAAGAAAACCUGGAAGACGAAAAAAAAAUGAAACCUAUGUAUGAAUGCCAUUAG